AUGUCAGUGGUAGGCAUUGAUGUGGGUUUCCAAAACUGUUACAUCGCCGUUGCCAGGAGCGGUGGCAUUGAAACCAUUGCCAAUGAAUACAGUGACAGAUGUACGCCGGCUUGUGUGUCUUUGGCCACCAAAAAUCGCAUGAUUGGAAAUGCAGCCAAGAGUCAAGUUAUUACAAACUUCAAAAAUACAGUCCAUGGCUUCAAAAAGUUCCAUGGCAGAGCAUUUGAUGACCCAUUUGUCCAAGGGGAAAAGCCCAAACUGCCUUACAGCUUACAUAAACUGGCCAAUGGGAACGCUGGAAUUAAGGUGCGUUAUUUGGACGAAGACAAAGUGUUCACAGUGGAGCAGAUAACAGGGAUGCUGCUCACCAAGCUGAAGGAGACGUCAGAGAGCGCUCUGAAGAAGCCAGUGGUGGAUUGCGUCAUCUCUGUCCCGAGUUUCUUCACAGAUGCUGAAAGGCGAUCUGUAUUUGACGCAUCUCAAAUUGCAGGGCUGAACUGUUUACGGUUAAUUAAUGAUACAACUGCAGUGGCUUUAGCCUAUGGGAUCUACAAACAGGACCUCCCUUCUCCAGAAGAGAGGCCCCGAAAUGUGAUAUUUGUGGAUAUGGGACAUUCAUCAUACCAAGUCUCCAUCACGGCCUUCAACAAAGGCAAACUCAAGGUCCUUGCCACUGCGUUUGACCCGUACCUUGGUGGACGCUACUUUGAUGAGGCGCUGGUGGAUUACUUCUGCGAAGAGUUUAAGUCUAAGUACAAGCUGAACGUGAGGGAGAACCAGAGGGCUUUGUUGAGGCUGCAUCAGGAGUGUGAGAAACUGAAGAAGCUCAUGAGUGCCAACUCUUCCGACCUGCCUCUGAACAUAGAGUGCUUCAUGAAUGACAUUGAUGUUUCCAGCAGGAUGAAUAGGGGCCAUUUUGAAGAAAUGUGUGCACAGUAUCUGAUGAAAAUAGAGAUGCCUCUGAAAGCAGCUCUUGAACAUUCAAAACUGAGCCGAGAUGAUAUCUAUGCAGUGGAGGUAGUUGGGGGAGCUACGAGAAUGCCGGCUAUUAAAGAGAGGAUCGCCAAAUUCUUCGGCAAAGACGUCAGCACCACACUGAAUGCAGAUGAAGCUGUCGCCAGAGGCUGUGCACUUCAGUGUGCAAUUUUGUCCCCGGCAUUCAAGGUGCGCGAAUUCUCCAUCACCGAUGUUGUUCCCUUUCCCAUUACUCUACGCUGGAAAUCACCAACAGAUGAUGGUUUGGGAGAGUGCGAGGUGUUCAGUAAGAAUCAUGCUGCUCCAUUUUCCAAAGUGAUUACCUUCCACAAGAAGGAGCCCUUUGACCUUGAAGCCUUCUACAGCAGCCCUCAAGAGCUCCCAUACCCGGACCACAGGAUAGGAUACUUUUCUGUACAAAACGUGGUUCCUCAACCAGAUGGAGACAGCUCUAAAGUGAAGGUCAAAGUGCGUGUCAAUGUCCACGGCAUCUUCAGUGUGUCCAGCGCCUCUCUGAUUGAGAAGCAGAAAGGAGAAGGAGAGGACAUGCAAAUAGACUCAGAGCCAAUGGUGCAGAAUGAAGGCAGACCUGAGGACCAGACCAAAAUGCAGGUAGACCAGGAAGGCCAAAGCCAGGCAGACCAGCAAAAUGAGGAUGACAGUUCCACCAGUAAGGAGGGUGCAGCAGGGGAGAAUAAGGACCCAGCAGCAGGGGGAAGCAAGCCCAAAGUCAAGGUGAAGAGUAUUGAUCUGCCCAUCGCGGCCAACAACAUUCGACAGCUUGACAGUGAGGUUCUUAGCAACUUCAUGGAGUAUGAGCGUCAAAUGAUUGUCCAAGACAAACUGGUGAAAGAGCUGAACGAUGCCAAAAAUGCUGUGGAGGAGUAUGUAUACGAUCUGCGGGAUAAACUUUGUGGGAUCUAUGAAAAGUAUAUCACAGAGGAUGACAGUAACCGGCUAUCCUUGAUGCUGGAGGACACAGAGAACUGGCUGUAUGAGGAUGGAGAGGACCAACCCAAACAAGUCUAUGAGGAAAAGCUGGAUGCACUUAAGAGGUUGGGUCAACCCAUUCAGGAACGACACAGAGAGCAUGAGGACAGGCCGAGGGCUUUUGAAGAGCUUGGCAAGAAACUACAACUCUACAUGAAGUUUGUGGAUUGCUGUAAACAGAAGGAUGAGCGAUACCUACAUUUGACUACAGAGGAAAAGAGCGCUGUGGAGAAAUGUGUGAAUGAAAGCAUGGGCUGGUUGAACAGCAAGAUCAAUGCACAGAGCAAACUGGCUAUUACUCAAGAUCCCAUUGUCAAAGUAGCAGACAUAAUUGCCAAAAUACAGGAACUGGAGGAUGUAUGCAAUCCGGUGAUCAACAGGCCAAAGCCCACAGUGGAGGAGGCCCCUGAAGUGAACGAUCAAAACAGCGGAGCUCACAACGGCCCGACAGCCAAGCAAGGUGCAGAAGGGAAGGGAGACACCAAGGGAAACCAGCAGCAAAAAUCUGGCACGAAAGAGAUGGAGGUGGACUGAGCUCUUUGUCUGACCAGCAACAUCACUGACCAUUUAGACAGUAGAAACAUGAAUAUCUGGGACCAUUUCUCAAUCCUCACCAGCCACUUUUGUGGAUUUGUUUUCUCGUGUGCCCCUCCCUCCCCACAUCGGACUUUACCUUUUGAGGUUUCUGUUUUCACCCUUUCAUCCUUUACGUGUGACAAUGGUGUGCUUUAUUCUCUCAAAGG